UGUAGGCGCUUAUAAAGGAAAGAAAAAAAUUAGCUUUUGGAGAACGUUUUAAAUUAAAACAAUUAAAUUUUUGUAGGAAAAAUAUUUUUCUGAUUUUAUUUAUUUUUAUUUUUUUUUACUCGAUGGACUUAUCCAUAAAAAAUGAUGCUUUGAUAUUAUAUAUAUAAAAAGAACACCGACCUCGUUUCGUUUUCCUGUUCAUAUUUAACAAAAGUACUACAUCCGAUGACAUCACCUCUACCUUGUCAUGUGCAUUCGAACGUGAAAUUCAAAGAAUAUCCCCCAUCAGUUCAAGCAUACCCCGAUAUUUUUAACAUGAAACUGUAAAUGUAACAUUGUUAUUUAUAGUAUUAGCUAAAGUAGUUUAAUCUCCGUAUUUGUAACGAUCGCUCGCUUACAAGAGCAACAGUUUAAGUGGAAACUCGGGCUAUUCAUCCGCAUCUUAUUUUUAUGUCCCUGAUAAGAUAUCAAUUAUAAAUAUCUCAGAAGGAAACUAUUAGUUCAGUAUAUCAUAUAAUUCAUAAUAAAUGUAAAUAACCUGUGGGAAACAGCGGUAUAAUUAAAUAAGUAAUCAGAACGAGAAAUAUUGUCCUAAAUUUGUAAACAGUGCAGCGACAAUGAUAAGUAUUAAAACAACAAAAAUGGAGUCAACAAAUUAAAAGGAUGAAUCGAAAUACAAUAGGAGGUCAGUAGCCAAAACAUUGAAUAAUUUUGGUGUCAAUGUCCGUUGAGGUAAGUCAUCGGUUUUUCGAAUUACUGUUUGGAAACGUGUCCAGUUAAAAAUAGAAUGGUGAUAAGUUAAAAAUCGUUUCUUUUAAAUGUGCUGAAUAAAACUAGAAAGCGUAUACAGAGUAGAAAGUAUAUCGAUUGAGGGAUGCUGGAGAUGUAGGAUACAACUGAGCAUGCUCCAAAUUCAUCGGAAGGGGGAGGAUGUGGAGGCUAACAAAAGAUCAGUCGAACACUGGAGAUAGCUGCAUGUGAUGAAGUAUUCGUGGAUUUUUUCGAAAUCGGAUUUGAUUUGCAAGAUAAAAUUGAUGUGAUAAAACAUGGCACUUAGUUGCGGUGCAAAAUGUGCCAAAGGGGCUCUGGUUACAUUCAAUUUAGUAUUUUGGCUGUCAGGAUGUGCACUUGUGGCUUUCGGAAUUUAUAUUUUAGUAGAAGAAGACAAACAGACGUUGUUUCAAUUAUUUACUGUUGACGGAAAUUAUGCUCUUAUACAAUAUUUGGCAUUUGCAUUGAUUGGAAUUGGCGGACUUAUUUUAAUCGUUGGAUUUUUGGGUUGUUGUGGUGCAAUUCAAGAAAAUAAAUGCAUGAUCGUAACGUAUUUUGUCUUCUUGUUUUUGAUUCUGGUAUCUGAAUUGGCUGUUGGAAUUCUUGCUGUUAUUUUCCGAGAAAAAGUGACGUCAAAUAUGGAAAAGAGUGUUACGGAUAUUCUCAAGACAGAAUAUGGUAUUGACCAGCCAUUGACACAAGCCAUUGAUCUAACACAAACAAAGUUUAAAUGUUGUGGAGUAAAAGGUGCCGAAGAUUAUUCAGAAAGCAGAUGGAAAAAACAGGGAAUGGGCAAAGGUGACAAUAUCAGUAAAUCUUGUUGCGUUCUAUCAAAUAUGGACGAUCCAGAAGCCUACUUAAAUCCUCAUCCCAUUAACGAAACGUUGUGUCAGUCCCAAACUGCCGAUUACGUUCACACAACGCCAUGUCUAGAAAAAUUGGAGAAAUUUAUUAAAGAAGAAAGUUUUCUUUUUAUGGUUAUUGGGUGUGGAAUUGCAGCUUUAGAGAUUUUUGGAAUGAUUUUCUCUAUAUGUCUGUGCAAAGAAAUCUGAAAAGGAACCACUCCAUAGACUUUCAUCAUUCAUUAAAUAUUGUUUUUCUUUGCAUUUAAAGAAGGCCAUUGAUGAAUAUCUGACUAUUACCGAUCCUGAAACAUUAUAAUGAAAGAUUCUGAAGUUCAUCUCAUGUUGACGUUUCAAGUGUUUUAUCUGUAGAGCCAGAAAUGAAUAUGUACAGAUUUAAUGUGUGUCAUUGAUCGUUUUAAAACUAAAGAAAUUAUAUCUGGUUGAUUUUAAUGUAGUUCGUGCAUCAUACUUAUGCCUACAAGUGUUAAUGUUGAGUAUUGAUACUUAAAAAAUGUUGAAUACUAUGUUUCAGUUUGGGCAAGUUGCAACAAACAAUCGUAAAUUCAUAGUUAUCAUUUUAAUCAUCGUGAUUUUAAGGUGGAUCUUAGUUUUUGAAUCCUAGGAUCUAAUUCUACAAUGUCAAGUGCUCAAGAGCGGUUACUUCCAAUUCACCUCGCGAUUUCAUGUAAAACAAAACUUGAAUAAUAUUGCUUUUCACUCAAGCUUUAAAAAAAUGAAAUUUCUGAAAUUUUUCAAGUUUUCAAAUGUUUUAAGACAUUAUUUACUAGAAAAAAAUAAAACUCACUAAAAAUAUUCAUGAACUUGAAUGGUUCUGAUGUAAAAGACGGUAAGCGUCACAAUGAUAGUUUUCAGAAAAUGGAAAAGUUAAACAUCUUAAGAAGUUUUCUGUUUUGUUUCUUCAAUCAGAAUAAAGUGCGUGAAAUAGUUAAAAAUUGCAUAUAAUAUUUAAAUUGAAAUACAUUGCUGUUUAGUUGUUAGCACGUAUUUUAUAAUGUAUAAUGGAAAUGGCACUUACCAUCAUUUAACACCCGAACCCUUCAUUUAUAAAUGGAAAAUCGCUUUGCCAUUGUUUCAUGUUUAUUGUAUAACAAAUUUGUUACACGAAUUUUUAUUUUUAAAACAUUGCUCUUGUUGUCAGUGAAAUUUUAACUGGUUGUUGUGAGAUGUGAAUUGCAUGAAAUAAAAAGAUAUCGUUAA